AUGCAGCCCUCGGAACAUGGACAACACGGCUUCGGCACGCUCGCCGUACACGCCGGAUCGCCGCAUGACCCUACUACUGGUGCUGUGAUCGAAUCUAUCUCUCUCUCGACAACAUAUGCUCAAACUGCCGUUGGUCAGCCCGUCGGCGCAUACGAGUACACUCGCAGCUCAAACCCCAACCGUGACAACUUCGAGAACUGCAUCGCAGCCUUGGAGAAGGCAAAGUACGCUCUGGCAUUCAGCUCUGGUUCUGCCACCACAGCCAUCAUCCUCCAGUCUCUGGCUGCUGGCUCUCACGUUGUCAGUGUAUCUGACGUGUACGGCGGAACUCACCGUUACUUCACAAAGGUAGCCAAGGCUCACGGUGUUCAUGUCACGUUUACCCCUAGCAUCGAGUUGGAUGUCGAGGCUUUGAUCAAGCCCGAGACCAAGCUCGUUUGGAUCGAGACACCUUCAAACCCUACUCUUUCUCUGGUCGACAUUUCAGCCGUGGCCGAGAUUGCUCACAAGCACGGCAUUCUCGUGGUUGUCGACAACACAUUCAUGAGCCCUUACAUCCAGAACCCCCUCGAGCACGGCGCAGAUAUUGUCGUUCACAGUGUGACCAAGUACAUCAACGGCCACAGUGAUGUUCUCAUGGGUGUCGCAGCCUUCAACAGCGAUGACCUCAAGGAGCGUCUCGGAUUCCUCCAGAACGCCAUCGGUGCCGUUCCUGGCGCCUUUGACUGUUGGCUCGCUCACCGUGGUGUCAAGACCCUGCAUCUCCGUGCUCGUGAGGCCAGCCGCAACGGCAAGAUGGUCGCAGAAGCAUUGGCUGCAUCUCCUCUUGUCCGCGCUGUCAACUACCCCGGUCUCGACUCGCAUCCCCAGCGCAAGAUCGCUCUCAAGCAGCACAGAGAUGGUCUUGGUGGUGGCAUGCUUUCUUUCCGCAUCCAAGGCGGCAAGUCUGCUGCUGAGCGUUUCUGCGCAGCAACCAAGAUCUUCACUCUGGCCGAGAGUCUGGGUGGUGUUGAGAGUUUGGUCGAGCUGCCUGCUAGCAUGACGCAUAUGGGCAUUCCCAAGGAGCAGAGAGAGGCCGCUGGUGUGUUUGACGAUUUGGUCAGAAUCAGCUGUGGUGUUGAGGAGGGUGAGGAUUUGGUCAAAGAUGUCAUGGCAGCCCUGAAGAAGGUGUCGGGAGAGACCAACGGUGUCAAUGGUAAUGGCCACGCUUAG